GUCGAUCAUCAGCAUCCGAGGCGGCAGCUAGUAUAAACAGCAACAGAACAACAUCGCCAGAACAAACAGUAGAACAGUAAAGUCUCAACGAAAAUCGAAAAUGCUGCGUCUCCACGGAACUGGGAUGCUGCUGGUGCUCCUGCUGCUGGCACUGCAGGCUUUCGCCCAGCGUUGGGAAAGGACAAUGACUCACUUUGGGAACUGCCACACGGCGGACUAUGGCCGUGGCACAUGCGUCGAUCCCGGCAACUGUGACUUCUACGAUGUGGACAAGUUGGAUGCCUCCAGCAAGCGACAAUGCUACUCCCGGCAGAGACCCGAUUUGGUAUGCUGUCCGCGAGAGAGCAACAUCAUACCCGCUCUGGGGAUACGCAUCAACAACAGGAACAAUAGCAACAACAACAUCGGAAGCACCACAACCACGGAGCGACCCUUGCUGAGACUGCAGGCAGCCCCCCCACCGAAUACAUUGCCGCCGCGACCACCCACCAGCCCGGAUCAGUUGCCCCAGUAUCCAUACUGCGGCACGGCCUUCGCUUCCCGAGUGUUUGGCGGCUCCGUUGCGGGCAUCCUCGAGUUCCCCUGGACGACACUGCUGGAGUACUCCGAGGAGGGCGGCAAUAAGAGCUAUGUAUGCGGGGCUGCAUUCAUUGCCCAGCGCUGGCUGGUGACGGCCGCCCACUGCACUCACGUGUUCUUCAUGGGCCCCGGCCGGCGGCUGACGGGCGCCCGGCUGGGCGAAUGGAACAAGGCCACCGAUCCUGACUGCAUAACGAUCUUGAACGGUAGGCGGGAGUGCGCGCCCCCCCAUAUCCGGGUGAGCAUCGAUCGCAUCCUGCCGCACGAGCAGUUCUCCGUCAAGAAUCUGACCAACGACAUCGCCCUGCUGCGCCUGGCCAGGCCCGUCAAUUGGUUGCAGAUGCAGCACUUGGAGCCCGUCUGCUUGCCGCCGGGACGCGGGCCACUGGCCAACCAGUUGGUGGGCUCCGCCGUCGACGUCUCCGGCUGGGGACGCACGGAAAACAGCGAGUCGAGCAACUUCAAACGGAAGGCCAUGCUCAUUGUGCAGCCCCUCGACCAGUGCCAGGCGGCCUUCAGCAAGGACGGCCAAGUGCUGAACGAGAGCCAGCUGUGUGCCAGCGGCGGCAUUGGCGUUGACUCCUGCAACGGCGACUCCGGCGGACCGCUCACCGUCGAGGCCAGCACACCGCAGCGGGAUCGCUUCGUCUAUCUCGCGGGAGUCGUCUCGUUCGGGCGCGAGGAGUGCGGCCAGACGGAGUUCUCCGGCGUCUACACGAGGAUCAGCAGCCACAUGGACUGGAUCGAGCAGACCAUUCGAGCGAAUCGCAUUUAGUUCUUCCUGGGGCUUCCCUCAGGCUAUACUCGUAUAUUUUCUUCUGUUUUUUUCUGUGUUGUUGUCUAUCUGCUAAAUUCCGUGCGACGUCAUGGUGUCAUCGCUCACGUCACUGCUUUCCGCCCGGGGCAAUUUGUCAAACAUGUUGUGUGUCGGCCUCCCCAUAUCGGGCCGGGCCGGAUCGGAUCGCAAUCUAACCGUAGAUUAAAUUUCUUUGCUCAUGACA